AAAUAAUAAUAAUAAUAAUGGAUCCACAUAAAGUUAUUCCAGCUAACCUUCAACCAACAUUUGAUGAGUUUAGAUCAUUACUCCCACCACUCCAAGGUCCAACAGUAGAGUUCUCACCAAAAGCUUGGUUCUUGGGUCCAAAAGCUGAAAAUUAUGAUUUAUUCACCGAUCUCGUUAGCAGAGCUAUUAAAGGCCAUGUUGAUUCACGUAAAGAUUUCCACCCAACUGAUUCACCAAUUUUCGAAGAGAAUUUCAAAAAAGACCCAACUUAUAUUGCUGCUUCAGAAGAUAUGAAACAAAAAACUGACAUGGUUGUUAAUUUCCUCAAGAAAUCAUUACCAUUUUCAUCUUUAAGAUAUCAAGGCCAUAUGUGUAGUGAUGUUACUAUUGGUUCAGUUAUUGGUACAAUCGCAACUAUUCUUUAUAACCCAAACAAUGUUACUGUUCAAGCAUCACCAGUCACCACUUAUGUUGAAAUGGCUGUUGGUAAUGAUCUCUGUCGUAUGGCUGGUUUUGAAUUCCCAAAGGUUGACCCAAAGGUAGUAUCCCUUGGUGCAAAGAGCAAAAGUGAAAUUAAAAAAGAUUAUAUUUUACCAAGUUUCCAUUUAACAUCAGGUGGUUCAGUUGCCAACAGUGAAGCUUUUUGGGCUUCAUAUUGGGCUAAAUUUAUUCCAUUAGCUCUUAAAUCAGCAAUUCAACAUGAAGAAACUUUAGCUUUAGCCAAAGAAGUCGAAGUUGUUUUAGCCAAUGGUAAAAGCAAAAAACUCUCAUUAUUAACUUCAUGGGAAGCUUCAAACAUUAAACCAGAUGAUAGUGUUGGUCUCCCAUACAAAGUUGCUGAAUUAUGCAACAUUGAUCCAUCUGAAGUUACUUUCAUCUUAAAGAAAUACCAUCCAUCUAAUAUUGGUGUUAGAAAAUUCUUUGUAGAACAUAAUCUCAGAGAUCCAGUUAUGUAUGCUCCAGGUUCAGCUCAUUAUUCAAUUCCAAAAGCUGCUGCACUCUUAGGUUUAGGUGGUGAUGCUCUCAUUCAUAUCCCAGUCGAUAUUCAUACUAGAAUGGAUGUUCAAGCAUUAAGAGCCAACUUAGAAAGCUGUAUUAACCACAAAAUCCCAGUCAUCAAUGUAACCUGUGUCCUUGGUACCACUGAAGAAACCGCUGUUGAUCCAAUUACCGAAGUUAUCAAAUUAAGAGAAGAAUUAAACUUAAAAGGCUUAUCAUUCGAUAUCCAUGUCGAUAGUGCUUGGGGUUUCUAUUACAGAAGUAUCUUAGUAGAAGAUUAUGUUCUUGAAGAUCCAUUCAAUGAUGUUAUUAAUCCAGGUAAGGGUAAAAAAGCUCCAUCAACCUAUAUGGAUGAUAUGAAUACUACCGAUCCAAAACAUUUUGCCAGCAAAUAUGUCAAAGAACAAUUUAAAAAUCUCAAACAUUGUGAAACCGUUACUGCCGAUCCACACAAGGCUGGUUAUAUCCCAUACCCAUGUGGUUCAGUUGGUUACCGUAAUCAAAGAUACAGAGAUUGCUUAGUCUACUCUGCCACUUAUAUUGGUGGAUCAAGUGGUGCUAGUGUUGGUAUCUAUGGUAUUGAAGGUAGUAAACCAGGUUCAGCUGCUGUCAGUUGUUAUCUCAGUCAUGCAAUCUUACGUACUUCAAAAUCAGGUUAUGGUCAAAUUCUUAAGAGAACCUUAUUAAACACAAGACUCUUCUACCUCAGAUUAUUAUGGUUAUGUGAUGGUACCGAUAGCUUCAAUGUAAUUGGUGUUCCAAUCCCACCAACCAAGGCUAAAUUAGAAUACUUCAAAUCUAAAUUAAUCAAAGAAGAUGGCUCAAUGAUUGGCUCAGAUGAAAUCUGUAAAGAUAAACUCUUAGUUCAAGCUUUAGCUGAAAUUGGACCAGAUGUUAACAUUAUUUGUUGGGGUAUGAAUUUCAAGAAUGUUGAUGGUACUUGGAACACUGAUUAUGAAAAAUAUCGUAAAUUCAAUAAUCAAGUAUACGAAAGAUUCGACUACAUCAAAGAAAAGAACAUGACCGAAUUAGAUUUAGUAUUCUCAAAUACCAGCUUCUCAUACAUCUAUGGUACCACCUUCAUUAACGAUAUUGUCAAGAGAAUUGGUAUUACCAAUGCUCCAAAAGAUGUUAUUGAUAUCCCAGUUCUUCGUUCAACUAUCAUGGAUCCAUUUGCCAAUGAGACUGUAACUGGUUCAGCUUAUGACCAAAGUUUAAUUCUCUUCCGUUCUGAAGUUAACAAGAUUGCUAAACAACAAUUACCACCACAACAAGCCUAAAAUAAAAAAAUUAGUUUAUUAAAAGCUUAAAAUAAUAAAAAUAAUAUUAAUAAAAUUUUAAGAUAAAUAAAGUAAAAAUAAAUUAAAUUCUUUAAUACAAAUUAUUUUAAACAAAGU